AUGUGCGAGGCACAUUACGUGAAGAACACAAUUCGUGACGCGAACGGGCGUUAUAUCGUGAGAUUACCUUUCCGAACAAACAACACGGAUCUCGGAUACUCGCGCUCGCAAGCCCUUCGACGUUUCUAUUCCCUUCAGAAGCGGCUCAGGGCAGAUCCUCACGUCAACGCGGAAUACAGUAGAGUCAUGAACGAAUAUAUAUCUCUCGGUCAUAUGUCAUUAGUCGAGGGUGAACCGGAGGACGGAUACUUCCUGCCGCAUCACGCGGUUAUUAAAGCAUCGAGCAACACCACUAAGAUUCGCACCGUAUUCGACGCCUCCGCGAAAACCAGCCGCGGCAUUUCGCUCAACGACAUGUUGUUAGUCGGGCCAACGAUACAAGAUAAACUUCUCGAUCACCUAUUGCGGUUUCGCGUGCAUAAGUACGUAGUGACGGCCGACAUCGAAAAAAUGUAUCGUCAAAUACUCAUACAUCCGGAUGAUCGAAAAUUUCAGAGAAUCUUCUGGGAAACCGAAGGCGGUAUUCGAACAUACGAACUCAAUACGGUAACGUUCGGCGUUGCGUCCGCGCCGUUCCUCGCGAUACGAACAAUCCAACAGCUUGCCGACGACGAAGGAUUAAAAUUUACUCGCGCGCGCGACGUUUUGAAACGCGAUUUAUACGUAGAUGACUUGUUAACUGGCGCGGAUUCUUUUAACGAGGUUCUCGAAAUUCGCGACGAAAUCAUCGAGCUUUUGCAACGGAGCGGGUUUAACAUCCGACAAUGGGCUUCCAAUCACAAACACGCACUCGACAAUAUGAGCGAAAAGAUCUUAAACUUAGAUUGCGCGAUUGAACCGAACGCUGUGUUAAAAACAUUAGGAGUCGUAUGGAACUCAAACCGGGACGAACUGAUUUUCACUGUGAAACCACUCGAUUUAACUGCAAGGGUAACGAAACGCAACAUCUUGUCCGAGAUCGCUAAGAUUUUUGAUCCUCUCGGUCUACUCGGCCCUGUAGUAUUAUACGCGAAAAUUAUUAUGCAAAAAUGUUGGUUAGACGGAUUAGAAUGGGACGAGUCGGUGCCUCAGGAAUUGCACACGGCCUGGUUAUCGUUCGCUAGUCAACUAGGAAUUAUCCGCGAUUUAACCGUCGACCGUCGAUUGUUGAUGGAUAACCCGACUCAAGUUGAACUCCACGGCUUCUGCGACGCGAGUCAAAGGGGUUAUGGGGCUUGCUUGUACAUCCGUUCCUAUAACUCACACCAAGUGAGAACUCGCUUAGCAUGCGCGAAGUCGCGAGUCGCGCCUGUAAAGAGCUCAACUAUUCCUCGUCUCGAGCUCUGUGGAGCGUUGACUCUCGUUCGAUUGUAUAAGGAAGUCCACACUAAUUUCAAUCUCGAAAUUAACAGGGUGAUUUUUUGGUCCGAUUCUUCCAUCGUACUGCAUUGGAUUAAAAAGAAUCCUCAGAACUUAAAGGUAUUUGAAUUAAAUCGAGUAGCCGAAAUUCAAACAAUCGGAAACGCAGCGGAAUGGAGACACGUAGGAUCGAGAGAUAAUCCCGCGGACGCGUUAUCUAGAGGACAACUUCCAAAUGACUUCGUUAAAAAUCAAACGUGGUUCCAUGGCCCUUCGUGGCUGUCACUACCCGAACCCGAAUGGCCCGCGAAUCUCGAAGUUAACGUUCCCGACUCAUCGGAAUCUGAACGUGACGUCUGUCUCAAGUCGAGUGCAACGCCGUGCAGCGAGUUCGAUCGAUGCUCGUCAUCAUAUAACACGCUAAUUAACGGGGUGGCACGCGGUCUACGAUGGCUCCCUGUUAAAUAUAAAAGACCGGAAAAUUCAGGAAAAUUGCUUAACGUUAAAGAACGACACGAAGCGGAGUUGCGCGUUUUAAAAUUAAUUCAACGCGAAAACUUCUCGGUCGAAAUUAAACGACUCACGACGUCACGAGAGACUAAACCGGGCAAAAUCACAGUGCCUUAUCGAAAGAGCACCAGAUUCGACGAACUAAAUCCUUUCAUCGACGAACACGGAUUUCUGGGGGCUUUUCGUCGCUUCAUCGGUCGCCGAGGCAUUCCGGAGCACGUGUACUCCGACAACGGUACUAACUUCGUAGGCGCGAACAAUCAACUUCGCGAACUUUACGCCCUAUGCCAAUCGGAAUCUUUUCAAACCACUGUCAAUACAUUCGCGGUAGCCAGGAACAUCAUCUGGCAUUUCAAUCCCCCCCUCUCUCCCCAUUUUGGCGGGCUCUGGGAGGCGGCGGUGAAAUCCUUUAAGCACCAUUUUAAACGCGUGAUAAAAGAGCAACUGCUCACCUUUGAAGUACUCAAUACGCUAGCAAUUGAAAUCGAAGCAAUACUAAAUUCGCGCCCGCUUUGCUCAAUUUCAUCCGAUCCGAAUGACCCGAUAGCGCUGACUCCCGCUAUUUUAUUGGCCGGGCGUCCACUUACAAUGCUGCCCGAUCAUGAUCUCUCUUUAGUUCCAGAUAACCGACUCUCAACUUGGCGAUUCAUUACGAAAGCCAGAUAG